UUGGCAAUAAAUGUUGUAGUAAAUGUAAUAGGCACAAAUGCAGUACUUACCGGUAUUUACACUAAUUUACACAAAAAAUCACCACUAUGCAAGAUAUUCUGACACCAAAAAUAUAUACAUUGAUCCGUAAAAUUACUUCUCCUCCCAUAAGCGAAAAAAACGUAUUACAUACGAGUCUCCGCACUUCAGUGCGACGCCAAUUAAUGGUUUGGCUUUACAAUAUCAUCGUUAACAAUCCAUAUUACUUUUUUUUCUUGUAACUCCAGCAUGGUGGAAAACUAAAAUUAACAUUGAAGAUGCUAGUCUUCUUAUCCAUGAUUGGUUAAAUUAUGUCUUGAUGUGCACAUGACUUUUAUAAUGUAUUGUUCUAAACCUAUAAAUAUGUUUAACUAAUAUUCGAUAAACCUUGUUGUGGGACGCGUUAAGCUAAAACGUUUAAUUUCGGGCGCCGAAGGUUACACUGAUCCGUAUUUCACGGAGGCUAGUCAAAACAGCGCCUAGUCAAAAUGACCGAAAACUUGGUCAAAACGGCCCCAAAUUUGGUCAAAACGGGCCCACUUUGGUCAAAACGGCCCCAAAGACAGUUAUUAAGUUGGUCAAAACGGCCCCACAUUUGGUCACAACGGCCCCACUCUUAGUCAAAACGGCCCACAGAUAGUCAAAACGGCCCCACAUUUAGUCAAAACGGCCCCACAUAUAGUCAAAACGAAUUCGAAAAUCAGAAGAAAAAAUAUAUAUGAAAUGUACUUCUGUUAUUUUCUUAGUUGAGUCUGCAAUUACAACUUUAAAGGAUUUAAUUUUUAUUUUACGUACAUACAAACAUAUCAUACAAAUAUUGAUUGCGCCUUAUUAUAUAAUAAUUCUAAAUUGUCUCUACUUGAUCCCCCAGUACCGAGGGACCAUGUUGAGGACGUGGCAGUAACCUUCACGUUGAUACCCGGUGGCUCCCAGAAGGGGAAAGACCUCCUCUAGGACAGCCACGGAUACUCAUAUGUGUUGGAGGAACGCAGGAAUGCGACGACCAGAUGGCGGUGUUCGGUGCAAAACAAGUCACAAGUGUGUGUUGCCGUUGAAACAGAAAAGGGUGGCACGUACAACCCCGCAACCAAGGCGCAUAGCCACCCCCAGAUGCGACUAAACAAGUUACAUCUGCAGCACUAACGAAAGAUUGAACUUUCUGCAGAUGAUGAUUAGCCAGUCAGAUGGAAAGCACACGCAUGUCAUUAAUUAAGCGAUUAUUUCAUUUUAGGCCAAAACGGAAGGAGUUCUAAACCCAUACAAGUCGGCGAAGACUAUAGUCGUAGAGAGCGUUCGCGGUGCAGGGCCAUGCGUUGACCCGAUAAACAAUGACCAACUAGCAAGACGCGUUAACCGUGCCAGAGAAGCAACACGACCAGAAGAGUCAACGGAUCUGAACUUUGAGCUUAACAGUGACGCCAUACCCGAAGAUUUUAUGAAGAGAGACCUCGUCGUCGAUGAUUGUAGACACAUCGUAUUUGCUAAAGAAACACAACUGAAGCUGUUAGCAGAAUCGAAGACGUGGUACAUGGACGGUACAUUUAAGUCCAUGAGAAAGCCUUUUGAGAUGUUGUUCACGAUCCAUGUAUUCGUUCGGAGAAGCACAAAUACCAAACAGGCGAUCCGGUCCCUCCUUGAAGUAAAUGCUGUGCAACAGAUAGUGAUUGAUUUUGAAGCUGCCAUAUGGAAGGCGUGUCGCGAGGUGUUCCCAGGUGUUCGGAUGAAAGGCUGUGCGUUUCACUGGGGCCAGGCCGUGUUCAGACAUGUUCAGAGCCUAGGGCUGACUACCGAGUACAUGAGCGAGACCGGCACUUAUGCCUUCAUUCGACAGAUGCUCUGCCUGCCGCUUCUACCAGCGGAACACAUUCGUCCGACAUUCGACAUGAUGAGCGGACUGAACACGGCGCCGCACAUCACCCCAUUGUUAGAGUACAUGUCCAACACAUGGAUAAACUCAACGGUGUCGCCAGUCGAGUCCUGGUCCGUAUAUGGACAGACAGUGCGAACCAACAAUGACGUGGAAGGUUGGCACAGACGCCUGAAUCGUCGGACUGGCUGCGCUCCACCACUCUAUACCCUCAUCCGAACCAUCCACAAAGAGGUGAUGGAAGUAGAGAACAUGAUUGCGCUUGUCAAUGAGCAGCAGCUGCAGAGGAUCCAGCGGAAAGCCAGUCAGUCGAUUCAGGCCAAGUUGUUUGCUGCUCGGGAAGAAUACAGGGCCGGGACGCUGUCCACGAGUGACCUCUUGAAGAGGUGCAGUACGUUCUACAGACCAGUGUUACCCAAGAGACCAGAGGAAGUUGAAAUGAAUGAGUUAUGAACAUAUUAAUGUCUGAAAUCAAUCAAAAUAUUGAUUAAGCUGGGCGUUUGUGUGUUUGUUUAACAGUGUUGAUAGUGUGAAAAACUGAAACAUUUUCGUUAUUUCUUGUCAAUUAUUAUGUUCGACAACUAUUAGAAUGUAAUUGAUACAAAUAGAGCAUUGUUUUCACAGAAAUAAUACAUAUAUCUCUAUGUUUUUCUUCAUUGUCAAUUAUAAUGUUUGACAACUAUUAGAAACUAUUUUAUAAUUAUUAUGUUUUACUAAAAAAAAAUACU